AUGCUCCCAUUGGUCAACUCCAGAAUCAGCCUUGAGGGAUAUGAAGAGUACCUGAACCUCAAAGGAGCAAACUCCCCCAACAUUGAAGGGCUUCUUGAAGAUAAAUCUCAACAUUUUGACUUCACUAAUGAUUCUAAACAGAGACCUCCAACACAUGAUGUAUCUGCGUUUUUACAUCUAUUUCUGCAAAGUGCAAAAAUUAGCGCCUACCAGCUUGUUUUUAGCUACGUCUUGGAAGCAAUUAUAAGUGCGCUCACACCAAAACGGAAAAAAAAAAAGAUUAUUUCUUGUCUCAAAAGCCUUGAGUCACCGGAAGAAUACCUGAACAGAAAAGAACCAAGAACCCCGAAAACGGAAGGGCAUCUUGAAGAUAAUCAACACUGUGACAGCACCAAGGGUUCAUGUCAGGAGCCUACAACUAAUGCUGCUUUUGCAUCCUCGAACAGCAAGAAAUCUAAGUAUUCCUAUGAUGGUUUUGAAGAUAUAUGUGAACAUUUUUAUCCGAGCGAGUUGAUUCAGGAUGUUUUCCCAGAAGGGCUUCUUCUUGCUCAAAGUAUUUACUGUGCAAAAACUGCAUUGGCAUUCUACAAUAAUGAGCAUGGUACAAAAUAUAAGCUUGUUGAACCCCUGUCUAGCGGUCGGCUCAUGGAAUGUGGAAUGAGGUUUCACUGCAACUUCACUGCUGCCAAGUUUAAAAGGGAUGGUUCUCGUACUGGUCAACCAAAGCUCUUCUUCGCAAACUUUGAGUCAUUCAAUAAGAAAAUCCGUAAUAUCUGGUGCUACAUCAUUGACCCUGCUAAAGCAUUUUUCAUGUGCUGUGAGGAUUGCCCCCCAGAUCUUGCCACAGUGAGCAGGGAUCUCUUAGUAUGUACCCUCUGUUAUUGAAGUAUAGAAGGCCAAAGGCAUUUGACGCUAGAAAAAACGGAUUCUAUGCAGAAAUGGCUUUGGGUAUUUUUAACAAGAAACAUGGCACAAAGUAUAAGCUGGUAAAACCUUUGAAAAGCAAUAUUGUUCCGAUCAGUUUCGGUGUUUACAAGUUCCACUGCAACUUCAAGGCCAAGCUCGAGGACCCCACAGGCAGUUCUGUUGAUGCUUCUCCGAAGCUUUUUUUUGGCGCUAUUGUGAAGUCUAUUCUCUUCAGUGAGGGGGAGGGGGACUGUUACAUUUUGGAUGCUACGGAAGGUUUGGAUGAUCACUGCUCAAUUUGCCGACAGGGUAUCCUUCAUCCUGCCGAUUAUACAACUCCGGCUCCGGCCACUCCUCGUGGUUGUGUGUGAUAAAAUGUGGAGAACUUGUUUCCUCUUGUGCUUAUGUUGGCUCUGCUUGUUUUUAUAGUCUUAUGUGUUUUAGUGUGAAUGACUGGCCUGAAAGUUGAAACCGUGAUCAGGAAUAUGGGUUUGUUUGGCCAAUUUCUGAAAAAUAACUUCCAUUUCUUAAUAGAGUUAGAAUUAGAAUCCGGAAUUAUGAAGUGUUUGGCAAUGAACUUAAGAAGUACUUCUAUGAAGUAGAAACAGCUGUACAUUAAGGCCGGAUCGGGAUUUAUACAAAAUACAUGUCCAAACUCAUAAAUUUGGCAUAUGCUUUUCUGGCCAAAUGUUUUCUUGGGAUUUUCGGUUUGGGCUAUAGUUGAUCUGGUUAUGGAUUUGUAUUAUACGCCACUGAUCCUGUACUUUCGGUGGACUUGGAAUGAGAUCUUCUAGCUUUGUCCAAGGUUGUCAGGAUCGGGAUCCUACUUUGGAUCGAUGAAGGGGGGUAGGAUCGAAUCGGUAGAAUCGGAUCGUAGGAUCGUAAGAUCCUACUACAUAGUAAAAAUAAUGGUUAUAUUAUUAAAAUGAAAUGUACAAUCAUGUAUUCAUGUAAUCUUAAGACAUAAAUAUCAGUUUUUGC